AGCCGUUCAUUUAGAAAAAAAACAAAAAACAGAAACAUAAAAACUAAAAGCGAAGCGGAGUCCGGAGCAGAAACUCCUCAGUAGACACACGGAGCCGAGCUGUGCGGGAGCGUGCGUGAUGAGCGGUGCGGUGACAGCUAUGCGUAGAUAGAAGGGAUACACAAACACACACAGACACGCACACACAGAGAGAGAGAGAGAUCACACAGCCGCAGCUGCCUGACACCAUGGAGGACCUGUGCGAGAUGGACGUGUCGGUGCUCAAGCGGCUCCUGAAGGACGACAGCGCCAAGUGCCUGCUGCUGGACUGCCGCUCGUUCCUCGCCUUCAGCGCGGGACACAUCCGCGGCGCCGUCAACGCGCGCUGCAACACGAUCGUGCGCCGCCGGGCGAAGGGCUCCGCGCUCAGCCUGGACCAGGUGCUGGCCGGGGACGAGGAGGUGCGCGGCCGCCUGCGCUCCGGCAUGUUCUCCGCGGUGGUGCUGUACGACGAGAGGACGCCGGACGCGGACACGGUGAAGGAGGACAGCACCGUGGCGCUGGUGCUGCACGCGCUGUGCGGGGACCCGGCCGCCACGGACACGUACCUGCUCAAAGGCGGAUACGACCGGUUUUUCUCAGAAUACCCAGAGUUUUGUCUAAAGACCAAAUCCCUACCGUCCCUCAGCAGCCAGUCCAGCGUGGACUCGUCCUGCUCGUCCUGUGGGACGCCGCAUCACGACCAGGCCGGCCCGGUGGAGAUCCUCCCGUUCCUCUACCUCGGCAGCGCCCUCCACGCCUCGAAGAAGGAGGUCCUGGACGCCAUCGGCAUCUCCGCCCUGCUCAACGUGUCCGCCGACUGUCCCAACCACUUUGAGGGGGCGUACCAGUACAAGUGCAUCCCAGUGCAGGACAACCAUAAAGAGGACAUCAGCUGCUGGUUCCUGGAGGCCAUCGAGUUCAUAGACUCCGUGCGGGACUCCAGUGGGCGAGUGCUGAUCCACUGUCAGGCGGGCAUCUCCCGCUCCGCCACCAUCUGCCUGGCCUACCUGAUGAAGAGGAAGCGCGUGCGUCUGGACGAAGCCUUCGAGUUCGUGCGCCGGCGCCGCAGCAUCAUCUCGCCCAACUUCAGCUUCAUGGGCCAGCUGCUGCAGUUCGAGUCCCAGCUGCUCGCCACCUCCUGUGCCGCCGAGGCGGCCGCCACGUCGAGCCCGCUCCUCGGACCCAAGUCGUCCACGGCCGUCACCUCCACCGCUGCUACGCCCACGUCGCCCUUCAUCUUCAACUUCCCCGUGUCCGUGGUGAACCCCGCCUACCUGCACCACAGCCCGCUCACGACCUCGCCCGGCUACUGAUGGACAGCUGAUCGCAACCGCCGCACACCCCCCCCCCCCCUCCCACAGACUAUCUGAGCACAAACUGGGCUGGUAUUGGCUGAGAGAGCUGACAGUCUCACUGGCCGCUGCAGUACGUACAUGCUUCCAGGGGCGGGGGGGUGAGGGGUGAGAAGUGUCACGGUGCCUGAGUCAAAACUCACAAAGACUGAAAGACAGAACUUUUGUAACGUUCAGAAACCAGCCGACGCUCCGUCCGCCUCAACACGACACGUCUUCACACACUGACCAAUCAGGGACUCGGCUUUUUAACGCUGGCCUCAGUGACGGGGUUCGGACGGGGGGUUGGACUGAGGCGUCCUCUUCCUCCACAACAACAACAACAACAACAACAACACGACAACACGCACAGAGACACACUGACGCACACACACCCUCACACCGAGAGGCAGCUGAACACUCUUUCUCCCUCUCUCUGACUCACACACACACACACACACACACAGACACAGACACACACACACCUUCAUGACUACCAAGUGAAUAAGCUCAGUAUGAAGGCAGGCUGUGUUGCUAUGGAGACGACAUGUCUUCAGGAGAGGAGACGGACACAGGACGGAAGGACACAGGAAGGAAGGAGGGAUUUGAAGCCCCCGCUCCUUCCCGUCCUGAGGCUGUCCCUCCUGUCGCCAGGACAAAAAAGAGAUGGACGGAAAAACCAGGGCAGGGGACGUUGAUAGAAAGCAGGAGGCUCCUCAGUGACAGGUGCUCUGCCGGCAAUCCAACCGGAGCUUCCUGUCUUUCAUACCUCCUCUUCCUCCUCCUCUCCCCCCCCCCCAUCACCGCCUGUCAUCUCCCAUUCAUCCUUUUAUAAUCCUCCCUCCUCCUCCUCCUCCUCCUCAUCACCUCUCCCUCUCAUCCUCGCCGCCUCUCCUCCGCUCUUCAUCUUCGUCUUCACUGAAGAGGGUAAAUAAAUACAAACAAGAUGCCAAAUAAAGGCCGGGGCCCCUUGUAAAUGGACUGGGAAACCCCUCCGCAGGCACCUCCUAGGAAACUCCCCUUUUUUUUCUACAUCGCAUAAACAUUAGUUUUGAAUGAAAGGGCUGAAAGGACAAAAGGUCACGAGGAGAUGAGUCGUGACUGACACGUUCUCAUCCAUUUACCAGAGCACAUUGACCCUGGACGUCUCUUAAAGGAGGAAGCUGGUGGCUUUGUAUAUUUAAACUCGUUAUAAAUCACCUAUUUAUUACUGAUCAUCGUUUUCCAAAACAUACGAAACACCCAAAGCAGUGAUUUCAGUUCCUCUAGCGACUCUAUUUUUUGGAUGCUUUGGAAAAUGGGUUUUUGAUAAUGAGCUAAAAUGUGCACCACCAGAAACGGCUCCUUUUUAAGAUGUUUGUGCCUUGUACAUAAAGGUGUUCUAUGGAUUUAGGCGUCCCUGGAUCUGCCCGGGACAUUCUUUUUUUUAGAUCGCUGAAUGUUAGUCACAAGAAUAAUCGGUUGAGGCUCUGAUUCCCUCCACAGAGCAGAAAGCUUCCCUCCUCAUCCUCACACACACACAGAAUAAACUGUAGACGCUAAAGGAAAAUCACGAGGAUUAGACGGAAUCGGCAUUCGUGAAGAACUCAGGUUACUUUCAAACACGGUACAGAAACAGUCCUGCAAACAUUAUGGGUUCCAAAUCAUUAAAAACAGAAAUGCUGAGAUUUUUAACUUGAGAAAAUGAGAUUGCAAUACUUCUACACACUUUAUCUUUUAAUGUUAGUGUGUUGCCUCACGAAACAAGUUCGACAAUGAUUUUAAGCUUUGACCUUUGAGGCUCAAUAACAGAAACCGUUUAUCUUAUUAAUUGUGUAAAGACGACAUAUAGACUGGAAAACAAAGAUGGAUGACGUGUUUCCACUUCCUCCCACUAUCCAGAAAUGAAGCCAAAGUGUCGCUGUUACCUAACGCCGCCAUCUUGCUCAUUUUGGAGCCGGAUUCUGAGUAGUGGCGUUCAGGGGCUCGACCAAUCGGGUAACCAGCCACCAGGGGGCGAUAUACAUAUAUUUAAGGCUUCACUUUUAGGGAGCUGUCACGUCGUCCAACUUUAUAAACAGUUUGUGGUUUAAACAAAACAGUCCAGCAGCCAUGUCCCUUCUCCAGUGUCCUCAGUGGUCUCCAUAGCACUCUGACAGCGGAGACGUUUCACGACGUCGUUCUUCGACUUCAGGUCAAAUCUUCACGACGCCACAGAUCGAGACGAUGUUUGUACUUCUCCUGCUUUUCGUACCAGGCUGAGCUCUGCGCUCUGUACUAGACAUCCAAAGGCACAAAGUCCCACCGCGGUUACUUUUAUACCCGAGUCCUGAUGUAUGCACAAAACACACACACAUACAAACACACAACACAAACAGGGUUUCAAAGAAAACCAAACCGUUCUUUUCUGUUUUUGAAGAUUGUCGGCACCUAUCUCUGUAGCACUUUGAAGUGACGCAAUACUGUAUUUAUAAUUUAAGAGUGAUUUACACAUCAUGGUGAUGUUAGGCUGACUAGACUUUGCAUAAAGACAUUGUCCUCGUAGAGAGAGAAGAGAGAAGAGAGCCAAUCAGUGAAAAACGCAAUACUUUGUACACAUGCGUGUGGUCUGUCCACGUCCGUCUGUCUCUCUGUGUGAGUCUGUCUGUUCACCCAUCAUGGCAAUAUCAAUCCUCCGCUCGGACAUUUCUAUAUAAAAGAAGAACUUUCCCUCGAUUUUAUUGUGGAAUGAAUGAUCUGUGCAUUUAUUUAUUACUGAAGAUCCACUGUGGAAUAAACAAUGUUCUUAAUUAA